ACCGUAGUUUCUCCUGCAUGCUUGGAAGGCUGAGCUGCGUUCAGUUAGUUGCAAUCUACAACUUCAACGCUAAAUGCCACUAAAUCCCACAUACUGGUCCUUUAAGGCAACAUAAAUAGACAUAAAGUUGAAUCAACAACUCUCUGUCAUAAUUUUAAUAAAACUUUAACAUUGUGAGCUUAACAAGGGUACAAUUUGUUGCAUUGCUGUCAUUCUAGAUUGCCAUGUGCUGCUGUCUUUAACACAGACGAUGACAAGAGGUCCAGUCUGCGCUGCAUGUCAACAAAUGAUUUACUAUCACUUCUACUGAAAAACACACAUCACAGCUAUGAUUUUCCAUCACCAAGGUAUUCUAGGUUGACAGUUAAAUAUAUACGUUACUCUCUUCAGCCUGGAUGUCUCCUCCAGCUUCACUGACGACUAUUGGUAAAUCUUCCACAUUCUCUUCUCAACCCACUGUGGUUUCUCACUAAAAUAAACCCUAAAUAGAGCCUUAGGGUGAUCUUUAUCUAACACCAGCUCCUCUUCUGUGACUUAUUGGUCUGUAUUUAGUGGUUAUGGGAUGUGUGAAAGGGACAUUCAGUGGGCAGCAACCUGAAAAAAAUCAAUGGUAGACUUUACAAUCUCUUUCACCUCAAAUCUAAUUUUAGCGGGCUUCUCGUGUAAAGGCUUAAUGGAUUAUGUUGCGCUAAGAUUUGCAAUUUAUGUAUGCAACCAUUAAAUUGUGUUUAAGUAAUGUCUUUGUUUUCUUCUGUAUUGGAACAAACUGUGAUUUUACUCAAUUUUACAAAAAGCACUUUAAAAAAAAAAGAUUUCUUCAACACAAACACAUGGCUGCUGAUGAAAAGGCUUAAAUAGUCUCACAGCCUGAAGGUCUUAACUGCAAACACCCUGCAAAUAGAAGAAAUAACAACUUAUAUUCAACGUCAAAAAAAGUGACAUUUUUUUGGGGAAGAAAACAACAACCCAAAACGUUUCUCUGUGUGGUUGAAACCUGACACUUUUAUGGGCUGUGGUGUUGGUGCGUAGAGAGGGUGAGGAGAUAGAAAGCUUGGUGUCAGUGCCUACCUUCACUACUGAGGUGCACGUCCCUUUGGACUGCUGGUCAGCUGGGAAUUCACUUCAACAAGUAGUUCUGCAGUAGCUUCUGGUGAACAUGAACGUACUCCAAGUCCUGGGUCUCUUACAGCUGCUGGCUGGACCUGCUAUCACUCUGACACGGCCAACCCAUGACUACUGGGGAGAGUUUGGAGCCUAUGGGCCCUGCAGUCGCACCUGUGGCACAGGAGUGGCAAUGAGAACCAGGAAAUGUAUUACUUCAAGGACAGAUGGAGGACAUAACUGCAUAGGAUCAUCUAAGUCCUUCCGAACUUGUAAUACACAUGAAUGUCCAGUUGGAUCCAGGGACUUCAGGGAGGAGCAGUGCUCACAGUUUGACAGAAUGGACUUUCAGAGCAAACACCACUCAUGGGUUCCUUAUUAUGGGGCAUCCAAUCCAUGCGAGCUGAACUGUGUCCCAAGAGGAGAGAACUUCUUCUACCGUCACAGACCUGCAGUUGUGGAUGGGACACCAUGCUAUGUGGGCCGCACUGAUAUCUGUGUGGACGGCACCUGCAGGAUACUGGUCCAUGGAGAGUUUAUGGGCCUGGACGACGACACUAAUUCCGUGCACUCUGCUGCUCCUGUUGCUGUUGCUCCUCACCCAAGGGAGACACUCACUUACAUCUACAAAACUGGUGUCUACGGCGAGUGCUCUGCAGCCUGCAAUGGAGGCAUGCAGUAUCGCAGCGUGGAGUGUUGGACUCAGGACCCAGUGAACCCCCGUGUGGUGGAAGAGACUUACUGCAUUACCCAGCGCCUGCAGAGGCCACAGAGCCAGCAGGCCUGCAACAUGCACCCCUGUGCUGCUGAGUACAGUGUCUCCAGCUUUAGUGUGUGCUCUGUGACUUGUGGCGAAGGCCAGCAGACGAGGGAGGUGUUCUGUGUGGGGUCCGGAGGUGACCGUCUGCCUGACCAUGCCUGCAGUGGACUGGCAAGACCUGUUUCUGUCCAGACCUGCCGCAGACCUGCCUGUCACACACACAUCACCUGGCACGUGACUGACUACGGGCUGUGCACUAGAAGCUGUGGUGGUGGUGUGAGAGAGAGGAGAGUGGGCUGCUUUGAUACAGAUUUGAACCCCUACCCAGAGGCCAGAUGUGGAACAGCUAGCAGACCCAUCUCUGUGGAGACAUGCAACUCACAGACAUGCCCCGGAUCACAAAGUGUCCCCAGUGUGCAGGACCCAAGGACACAAGAAACCGCCAUGAGAGGAUUUGUGCCCCAUGUUCCAGGAGAGUCUUCAGCUUCCAGACCACAAAUAAACAUUGCUCAUGAGCCCUACCCUGCUGUGAUUGGUCCUCACUGUGCGCAGUCAUUAUAUGGCUGCUGUCCUGAUGGCUAUACCACAGCCACAGGGCCCAGGAAUGAGGGUUGCUCCCAAAAUGACUGUGUCCGCACCAGGUACGGCUGUUGUUUGGAUGGGGUGACUCCAGCUCAAGGAUUUGGAAGGGCUGGAUGUCCUGAGUACCAGGCAACUGUGGUGACUGUGCACACACCAUCUCCUGUCUCUCCAUCCACUGGUAGCGUGUGCUUCUUGCCUCGAGAUGAGGGCCCCUGUGACACUUGGAAGGUCCGCUUCUUCUAUGACUCAGGCGCUCGCAAAUGUACAGAGUUUUGGUAUGGAAGUUGCCAGGGCAAUGGCAAUAACUUCAUGUCCCUGGAAGCAUGCCAGAGAGAGUGUGGGGGUGUGUUGAGGGAGCCCCCACCUGCACCUCGCAGAGAGACCCCCAGGAGAGUGUCGCUCAGGGGGACUCUGAGGGCAAGGGCAUAAAUGUGCUUGCCACUAAUACCUCCAAAUCAUGGGAUAACCAGAGUGCUGUCUCUAUGAAGUUAAUCACAUGAUAUUCAUACACAUAUAGUAUUUACAUACAAAGAUGUAUUGUAAAAUGCCCAACAUACCACCUUUCAUUUAAAUAUCAGACUUUAAAUUAAAAAUGAUCUAGAUAGCUUCACAUUAUAACUGACAUGAUCCCACCUCAUGGUUCUGAUUUUAUUAUCUUUUUGAUCUUUGGCAUUUUGUUUGUGAUGCUCGGUAUAGUUUAUUUGUGCCAUUCUUCUUUCAGAUCAGAACUAUAAAAUAAAAUAAAAUGUCAUUGUGAGUACCUAAAUUUAAUCAUAAAGCAACCCAAUAAAUGUUCAGCUAUCCGGUAACCUUGAAAAAAA